AUGGGAAAAUUUGAUCCAGACGAAUUGCCCUACUAUAACGCCCGCAAAGUGCGAAAAGUCGCUAUCGUGACUGGAGGAAACAGCGGGAUUGGAUGGUAUACGGUGCUGCAUCUGUACAUGCACGGGUUUGUUGUGUACGUGGCAGGCCGGAACUCGACGCGUGUGAACAAGGCAAUCAAACAAAUCAAACGAGAGGCCAGGCGGCGACGGCGCGUCAAGGAGGGUAAACGAGCGGCUACGGAGGCAGAUAGCAAAAUUAGUGCCAGUGUCAGUUCCACGGGACCGGUUUUUGGUGAGUUACACUAUCUGCCAAUGGAUUUGACGGACCUAAAGUCUGUGGAAAAGGGUUGCAAGCGGUUCAAGAGUCUGGAACCGCGACUAGACGUGCUGGUCAAUAACGCUGGAGUAAUGGCGCUACCAUACCUAGUGACGGCAGACGGGUUUGACGUUCAGCUGCAGACAAACUAUGUAGCACAUUUUCUGCUUACUAUGAGGUUGCUGCCCUGUAUCAAGCGCUGUAGCGGGCGCGUUGUGUCCGUAUCGUCCAUAGGACACAACCUGGAGUUCCGCUACUUUAGCUUGAACCGUACAUUCAACUACAAGCCCGAUAUGAUUUUCACUUGGAUGCGGUAUGCGAUUGCCAAGACUGCGUCGAUCCAGUUCACUAAGCUGCUUGCCAUCAAAAACCCGGAUAUUUUAUGUAUGGCCGUACAUCCGGGACUAGUCAUGAACACGAAUCUGUUUAGCUACUGGACGCGACUGCCGAUCGUGGGUAUUUUCUUCUGGCUGGUGUUCCAUUUAAUUGGCGUCUUCUUCGGCGUCUCGAACGAGCAAGGCGCCCAUUCCACGCUGAAAUGUGCGCUGUCGUUAGAUUUGGAACCAGAAAUGGACAAUGGGCGGUACUUCACCACGCAUGGUGUUGAAUCCAAGGCCAGCUACGUGGCCAGUAACUUAAAUGACGCUGCGUCAACUUGGAUAUGGACCAUGCAUGAGCUACGCGAUCGUGGUUUCGACGUAUAA